CUUGUCAUGUCAGCACCAUUUUUCAUAAUCAAAGUACAAUAUAAUAAUCACAUCUCCGAUUGCAUAUAAAGAAAAACUAAAUCGUUAGCCUUUUCAUUUUUUUGAGGAGUCAAGUUAAGAUGGCCUCUGGCAGAGGUAGUAGUUAUCUAGGGAAGUCAACAUUUGAUCACAACAGAUGGCUUGCAGAGUUCCGAUCUUCAAAAAAUUUUAAACAGCAAAGGAUGGAAAUUAUGCAGCAAACACUCGAGGCUUGUAAAAACUUCAAGUAUUCACUUGUAGAUGGCACUGAGAUUACUUUUGCAGAUCAUCAAAGUGUUUCAAGAGAAGCAAGGAAAACAGUCCUUCACGAGGAAGAGAUUUUAUGUAACCCAACUGAAUUUGAAAGAGGUGCAAAUCUUCGUGAUAAGUGGAAAACUGACAUAAUUGUUGUGAACGCUGAUUGUCUCGAGGAAGCAAUACGGUUAAAGAAUGAGGGUUAUAAUCCAGCUGUGUUAAACAUGGCCUCAUCAAGAAGACCAGGUCAGUGCAGCAAAUGCAUGUAAUAGUUUAUACAUUGAAGUGGUGUCCGCCGAAAUGGUAAUAAUUAAUUAAAGUGAUAAAAAUGACAUCAUCAUCUUUUAACAGGCUGCAUUUUCACAAAGUGGUUUUCAACAUGGCCCUUGUGAGUUAGUUAGUGUUAUUUAUCACAAAGAGUUAAAUACAGGUGACCCUAGUUUGGAAAUUCCAAUUUUUGACCAUUGCAUGUCAAUGAGUUAGACAGUUUGUAGAUGGACAGGAUCUUUUUUACUGUAGGUAAUGUCGACCGAUAUAUCCGUUGAUAUAGCGGUCGAUAUAGCGAUCGACAGUAGGUCGACAGUCGGUCGAUAGUCGGUCGAUAGUCGGUCAACAGCCGGUCGAUAGUCAGUCGAGCGUGGGAUAGACUAUCGGCCGAGCAUCGGUCGAUAUUUCGACGACGCACCUCGACUUACUAUCGGACAUAUGUCGGUGAUAUAUUGGUCAACUGUCGGUGGUAUAUCGGUCAACUGUCGUUCGAAUAUCAGUCAAGUGUUAAUAUAGCAGGUGAGUUCAAUGGCUUUCCUUUUGAGCAAAGACAUCAUUAAUUACUGGUAUCAUGCGAAAAAUGUCCAAAAAUGCGAAUUUUUCAAGAAUCUCCAUGUGUCAAUGGGGGCAAUCGGUUCAUAUUUCAGUAAUUUUGCUCCAAUUUCUUCUCCAGGGCUAUUGAUAAUGGACUAAAAACUAUACAGACCGACGAAACUCUCGACCGAUAUAUCGAUCGACUAUCAGCUGACACUUGACCGAUGUAUCGAACUGCUAUCUUCUGACUAUCGACCAAGUGUCGACAAACCAUCGACUGAGUGUCCACCAAUUACUGACCGAUACAUUGGUCAAGUAUCGACCAACUAUCGGCGAAAAGUCAGCAAAGUGUCGGUGAACGAAAAGCUAUAUCGGCCGACACACAUCUGGAACGACUAUCGACCGACUAUCAACCGCUAUAUCGACCGACUAUCGACCGAUUGUCAACCGAGUAUCGACCGAGUGUCGACUGAGUGUCAACCGAGUGUCAACCGAUCGUUGACUGCUAUAUCGACCGAUAUCUCAGUCGACACUACCUACAGUAAACAACAUCCGAUGGACAAGGUGUUAUACAAUAACAAUGAUAUGUUGAUAGUAAUAACUUCUGGUUUUGUUUCACCAUGCAGGUGGGGGAUACUUAUCUGGAGCUGGGGCACAAGAAGAAAACUUGUUCCGUCGAACAAAUUAUGUUCAACAUUUAGCCGACCCGGACAAUGAAUUUGACCCUGAAAGAAAAUGGUCGUACAGACUUCCAGAAUUUUCAUGUGUCUACUCCACGAAUGUGUUCAUCAUACGAGCUGCAGAGGCAGAAGGUUAUGCAUUUCUUCGUAACCCAAUUGCCAUGUCAUUUGUCGCUUUAUCUGCGUACUGCAGUCCUGCUUUAACAAAAGACAAGCAAAGGCUCAUUCCACAAGUUGCAGAAAAUACAAAGCGAAAAAUCCGCUGUAUGUUAGCUACAGGACUGUAUCAUGAUCAUGACUCACUUGUUCUAUCAGCACUUGGUUGUGGGGCAUUUAGAAACCCACCACGUCACAUGGCUGAGCUUUUUAAGGAAGUUCUUGAAGAAGACGAAUUUGCCAACAAAUACAAGCAUAUUUCAUUUGCAAUUAUCAAUGAUCAUAAUGCAAGAAGAGAAGGAAAUUAUCAACCAUUUAAAGAGGUUUUUAGUCAAUAA